AUGAAUGAUCAAAAAAAUAAUAUUUUCGCUUCGACCUGUUCUACUUACACGUCUGAUAUUGGCACUUCUAGCGGAAAUGCUUCGACUACCAAUACCUUCAUUAACUAUCUUAAGGAAUCUAAUGGACUUACUGAGUUUGAAACACUUAAUUAUAUUCUUGCUAGUGAUUUGCAUCCACCUCCAUUUAAAAUUGUUUAUAGAGCUGAUACCAUUGAAUCUAUUAGAAAGCUUUCGAUUAUAUUUGAAUCUAAUGGAAAGAAAACUCGAGUUAUAAUUUGGCCUAGUGGGAAGAUAAAUAUAAUGUCUGCAACUUCAUAUGAUGAUGCUUUCAAAAUCUAUAACUUCUUGGGUGAAAUUUUCGAAACUGAAGCUUCAAAUAUACUUGAAAUUGUUCCUACUCGUGAUCCUCCUCAGCCUAAAACUCCUGCAUAUUUCCCAGAUGAAAUAGCUUUAGCUCUUGGUCUCGUUUGA